UCACACAUAUGACUAGAUAGUAAGAAUAUUGUGUGAAAUACAUGUGUGUCAAGUGAAAUGAUAAAAACAGUUUUUUGGAGUUACGUCAAUUUUGUGUGAUAAGAUAAAUUGUAACUCCAUUGAACAUGGUUACAAUUGACAGUUGAUUAAGUAUCCGACUCGAUGCUUCACUGUACUGCUACUCUUGAAAAGUUUCUUGUUUCCGACUGUUACGCCCUACGCAUCCGAAAUUUGGCCUCCCCCCUCGAGACCCUCUGUCGUACCCAUAUUUAAUUAACUGGCCGAAAACGUAAAACACAAUCGAAAUGUAAACAAAAGAAGCUAACACGUCACAGUACGCAAUGUUGUUGUCUGAUCGAAAGUUUUUCGUAUUUCGGCAUUCUUUUUUAUUAUUUUUUUUAGUUGCUGCAGGGCCUUUGCAGAAGUUCGUUGAUGUGGUUUUUGUAACCGGCGUGCUGGCUUGAACCAUUGACAGUCUUCGAAUUGGUCUUCAGUUGGGUUCGCGUCGCGUUGCGUAGAGGUUGAGGUUGAAUUUCCGAGAGAGUCGCUUCCGUGAAAGUGAAACCAGCCGAUAUUAGUGGCCAAAUCAAGAUGCGGUGCAGCCUGAGGAUGUGGCUGAUCCUGCUGUUGGGGCUCUGUGUGUUCAUCUGCAGGACUCAGGGCCAGCUGAUUGGCGGCGAGGAGGACGAAGAGGACGAGGAGGAGGAGGAAGAGGAGGAGGAGAGCGUCGAGGACGAAACGCUGGAGGAGCGACUGCAGCGCAAGAACAUCAAGCAGGACUCGACCCUCAGCGUGCAAUUAUUGAACCAAAGUGGAGAUUAUUCCUCUGCUCGCCUCCUCACUGUCAUCGCCUCUCACACAUUUCGUCAACAGGACAAAUUAAUCGCCAAGUACGGCUACGAGGCGGAGGUGCAUCAUGUGACCACCGAGGACGGAUACAUCCUCACCAUGCACCGCAUCCGCAAGCAGGGCGCCCCGCCCUUCCUCCUCCAGCACGGACUCGUGGACAGCUCGGCGGGAUUUGUGGUAAUGGGUCCCAACGUGAGCCUGGCCUACUUGCUGGCCGACCACAACUACGAUGUUUGGCUGGGGAACGCGCGUGGCAAUCGCUACUCGAGGAACCACACCACCCUCGACCCGGAUGAGUCCAAGUUCUGGGACUUCAGUUGGCACGAGAUCGGCGUGUACGACCUGCCCGCGAUGAUUGAUCAUGUGCUGAAGGUCACCGGGUUCGCGAAGCUGCACUACGCCGGCCACUCGCAGGGCUGCACCUCGUUCUUUGUGAUGUGCUCCAUGCGGCCCGCCUACAACGCCAAGGUCGUCUCCAUGCAGGCCCUGGCCCCCGCCGUUUACGCCAAGGAGACCGAGGACCACCCCUACAUCAGGGCCAUCAGCCUGUACUUUAAUAGCCUGGUAGGCAGCUCGAUCAGGGAGAUGUUCAACGGGGAGUUCCGCUUCCUGUGCCGCAUGACUGAGGAGACGGAGCGGCUGUGCAUCGAGGCUGUGUUUGGUAUCGUGGGUCGCAACUGGAACGAAUUCAAUAGGAAAAUGUUCCCCGUUAUCCUGGGCCACUACCCGGCCGGAGUGGCUGCCAAGCAGGUGAAACACUUCAUCCAGAUUAUCAAGAGCGGCCGAUUUGCGCCGUAUAGCUACAGUUCGAAUAAGAACAUGCAGCUGUACAGGGACCAUCUGCCCCCGCGUUAUAACCUGAGUCAGGUGACGGUGCCCACCUUCGUGUAUUACUCCACGAAUGAUCUGCUGUGCCACCCAAGAGAUGUCGAGUCCAUGUGCGAUGACUUGGGCAAUGUGACGGGGAAAUACUUGGUGCCGCAGAAGGAGUUCAACCACAUGGACUUCCUCUGGGCCAUCGAUGUGCGGAAAAUGCUCUACCGGCGUAUGCUGCAGGUCCUUGGAAAACUGCCUGAGGACUCGCAUGAAGAGGCUAAACGAUCCAGGCGAUCAGUUCGUGGCAGAGCGAUACUAUCUUAAGUACCUGAAAAUGUUUGAAAAUGUUUCUCUCAUAUAUUUAAGUAUUUAUUUAUCCAAUAACAAUAAUUAGUAAAUGCAUAAGCUUUGUUUAUAUAGAAUUGGGUGGUGAAAUUAUAUUUGCAUUAGAAUACACAACCUAUUGCCACCAAAUUCCAUAUUUAUUUAUUUAUUUGCUCUUCGCUGCACUUUGCUUUAAAUAUGGAAAGGAUGCCCCUAUUUGCAUAGCAUUUCAAAUUUUCAAGUAUACAUGGGGAACUUGAGCGGAAACGGAAGUCAAGUGUUUCUUUCGCCCCACAAAAGCCGUAACAGAUUUUGCAUCAGCAUCACCAGCUGGCGGGCCAAGAUACAUGCAUUUGUAAGCAGAUUUCCUGCGAGCACAAUUUUCCAUUUUCCCCAGCGACUGCUAGUGGGCCAACAGCUGACACCGGGGCUAAGAAGCUGCCGCUUUUCCUGCUCUUUCCGUCCCCAACUAUAUUUUCUUGGGUUUUUCGGCCCACAUUGUCUAGCCAUUUGCAUUUCUGUGGGGCUCAGCUCUGCACAUCUGCGCUUUUCCUGAUACACCAGCAGCCA